ACACGACUGACUUCUGAAUGAAACCACGAAAGUCGGCGAUCCCAACGCCGGGUCGUUCGCGUUCCUCCUCAUCUGCAGCUCAGCCUGUUCCUACUCCCGAUGUCGACUACAUGUCCAAAGCCUUUUCGGACGCCAUCAGAGCGAACGAUCCGGCUUUGCACCGUGGCGCGCGCGCUAGUGACGCCUCCAUUAUAUCUGGUUCCCCACAAUCCACUUCAUUCCCUCCUCGUCCACCUUCGAUCGCGUCUUCAACGUCCACAAGACCACCGGAACGCGCGAAGACACCGACGACGCGACCUCCUAGCCGACACUCCGAUAUCUUUGGCAAGAGCAUCGCCCGUUCAUCUCCGCGCGCCUUUGAUUUGGGCGACAAUGUCAGAAUUGAAUCCCUUGGAUUCGAAGGCAUAUUGCGAUAUCUCGGUGGGAUCGACGACAAACCAGGUGUUUGGGCUGGAGUAGAGUUGUCCGGAGGAUUUUACGGCAAAGGUAAAAACGAAGGAUCUGUCAAUGGGUGCGGGAAAACUGCUCGUUCGGUCAAUAUCUAAUCUGCUGCUCAGCAAGCAGUAUUUCUCAUGCCCACCAAAAUGUGGAGUCUUUGUCGCGUCCACGAAACUAUCGGCACCCACCGUCGGACCGGGUGCGAUCAGCCGACCAUCUUCUGUUGCUUCGUCUAGGGGUGGGCGUAACACACCCUCCAUAUCCGGCCGAACUACACCGUCGUCUGUUAUGUCUUUGAGCACAAGCUCGAGGACCCCGAGCAGUGCUCUGUCUACGGGACGUCGAACUCCUUCUCAAAGUGGGCGUAUUACCCCAUCAUAUCUGGGACGUGUCACUCCUGGGACGACGCCCUCAGCCCGCAAACCUCCGAUGAAAUCGACACGAACCCCAGGAUCACUAUCAGAUAAGCUAACCGCUGGCUCUCGUGCAUCGAAAUAUGUGGCAAUGACGGCCAAGCAGCUAAGCACCAGAGACUCUGCGAUACGUCCUAUUGAACCUCCCAGUCCCCGACAACAACCAUCUCCCUCAAGAAUCAGCUCCACGGCGUCAUCGCCGACUAGAACUCUCAGUUCCCCAUUCGGCACGCCAAAGCCGAGUCUGGGUGGGCGUCUUUCCACACCCGGAAGCACGGGGAUAGGCCGUCCUGCUCUAAUCACCCCGCGAGCUCGUAUCCCCAGUGCCAUCGCCAUGCCUCCACCUGCAUCACCCGUGGCACGUACGCUUCCGGAGGCAUCUUCGCGGCCUGAUUCGGCAUCAUCUAAUCAAUCGGUGGUUUUUGGUGAAGAACGCGCUCAGCUUCAGUCGCGCAUCGAGGCUCUCGAAUACGACAAUGGCCGACUUCGAGCGGCGGCGGACACAACAUCGGAAUUGAAGGCAACCGAAGAGCAGAUGAGACAGAUCGAGGAGCAGAUGAACGCAGCACGCUCUCAAGCGGAAGAUGCGCAGCGCCAUGCUUCUGAGCUCGAACAUAAGCUGGGCGCUAUCGAGCGAACACUUGCGGAUCGCGAUGCCCAGCUCCUUGAACUGGAUGCAGAGCGCAAUCAAAAAAGCUCAGCACUCGAACAGCAACUGCAAGAAGCCAUAGUACGCGCAGACUCAUUGCAACAGCAAUAUGCCCAGAGUGCCGUGUCUCUGCGAGAAACUAUCUCUGCGAGGGAUACUGCUGAGCGGGACUCCGAAAGCAAAUUCCGAGCCAAGGACGCUGAAGUCGCUUCGCUGGAGUUGAGAUUGAAGGGUGCCCAGACUCAUUUUGAGGAAGAGCGGAGGGAAUUGGGCGCACAGGUAGAUGAGCUUAGGCAGGCAGGACAGGAAACGAUUGCGUUGUACGAAGAGCGCCUGAGCGAAGCAGACCGAGAACGAUACGAUCUCGAAGCACGUAUCACGACACUAGAAUCUCGCGCCUCUGCUCGCAGUCCAUCUCCAGCCUUAACAACCAAGACAGCAACUUCCUCGGCGACGGAAAUUGACAACGAGACCUUACGCGAGCAAGUCGUGCAUCUACAGCGAAAGAUCAGCAAACUAGAGGACGCUCUUGAGGACGCUCAGGCGGCUCAGGAAAGAGAUGAGGCUGCAUUGGCUGACAGGAUGAGACGUCUCAAGGAGAAGGAAGAGGCUAUGAAGAAGGAGCUGACUGAAGGACGCAAGGAAGUUGAACGUACGCUCAAGUCCGAAGGUACCGCUCGUCGCCGAUUGGAAGAGAUUGAAGAAGCGCUGCAUGAGAGCACUGCCGCGCUCGAAGACGCGCGAGCGGAGGUUGAGGGACUACGUACCGAGUUGAUGGUCCGGGCCGCCAUCCAUCAUAAAUCCUUUGUCACUGACAUUUCUCCAGAAUCUGGAUGGACUUGUCACAGGGAAUGGAGAUACUGGUGAUCUCUAUUCUCGGGUUGCUCUGCUCGUGACUCGGGCAUCAAGUGACAGGUCAAGUUCCACGUCGGAAAUCGCACAUCUGCAAGAGCUUUUGAAGGAAGCGCGGCGUAAAGAACUUGACGCUGUUCAGGAUGCUGAACAAUCUCGUGACAGCCUCUCUAAUGUGCGCUCGGAGCUUGAGACCCUCAAGAAUAGGACGACAGAUCGUGACGGUGGGCUGAACAAUGACAUUCAACGUGUGCCAGAGAGGUCUCCAGCAUCCACGAAGCAUGAUCUCUCAGCAGCCAAGGAUGAGAUCACUGGUCUCAAGCAUAUCGUUCAAGAACUACAAAAGGAAAACCUGUCUGCUGCUCAGCAAAACAAAUUACUUCAAUCCGAGAACCAGCUGCUGGCUUCAGAAGCCGAGCAGUUACGGCAGGAAAUGCAAGUUCUAGAAGAAAACUUGGACAACAGCCUCAUUCAUGAAGCAAGUGAUGUGUCCGAUGCACCAAUGGAUAUACCAUCUCUUCAAAAGCUUCUUAGAGAGCAGAAGCUCAGGUCUGAGAUUGAGACUGAUCAACUGCACAAGCGUCUCAUGGAUUCAGAGAUGAAAAUGGCUAGAGUUUCCCAUGAUUUGCAGAAGGAGAUUAGUGAACUGGAAGCCUUGAUUGAGUCCAAGAUUUACCAUGAGGAUGAGUUGGAGCAGGAGCUUGAACACCUCAAGGCCAAACUAGAAUAUCAGACAAAGUCCUCCAAACAAAGCAAUGCUGUUGAUAACAAGAGAGCCUCACUAACAGUCUCCCAUGUCUCUGAUGGAGAUCUUGUUUGUGAAAUAUGUGAAAAGUCUGGUCAUGACAUUUUCUCAUGCUCUCUUCUUGCAACAGGUUCAUCUUCUGAUAUGGUAGAGCUACCUCAUGAAAACUUAUUUUGUGAGGAUUGUGAAACUCAUGGACAUACUGCUGCCAACUGUCCACAUUCACUGGAUGUAUUCUAGUAAUCUAGCAAUUUAUACCCUCAAAAACAGUAUCUUAUUGAUUUUUA